UACUUCUGUGACUGACAUUAUAGAUGACAUUUGUAUAAGGUUAUGUCAAUAUGUACGAGGAAAGUUUGAAAAAUUAUUACUAAUGACGAGUAAAAAUGAAAAUAUAGAGUCGAACAACCAAAUUGAGCUAGCAGAUUUCAUAAAAAAUGUUCAUAAACAAUUGCGAGAAAAAUAUAAAUUGCUAGCCGAAGAAGCUUGGGAAAAUCACUGUGCAGAUGAAAUCUGUUUGAAACAAUAUGCUGCAGCCAUGAAAGAACUAGCAACAAAUCACUGGGAAAAGAACUCUAAAGAUGUAACAAGAAUUAUAUGGACAUAUAAUAUUAGUAAUGAUUAUUUUGCCAAAGAUAUUUUUAACCAGCGCACAAAAGAAUUUGGUGUAGCUGAAAAAAUUGAUCUAAAGAUUCAACCACAUUCAGAAAAAGUAAAGACCAGUUUCAAAUUAUUGGAUGUGGGUAGUUGUUAUAACCCAUUUAAUCAGUUUGACUGUUUCGAGGUUGUAGCCAUUGACAUUGCACCAGCAGUAAGCGAUGUUAUUCAUUGUGAUUUUUUAAAAUUGGAAGUUGGUGGAGAAACUACUUAUUUUAAUAACAAACUUGUAAAACUUCCAAAUGACUACUUUGAUAUAAUAGUUUUCAGUUUAUUCCUAGAAUAUUUACCCAGUCCUUCACAAAGGAAAGUUUGUUGUGAAAAAGCUUACAGAUUAUUAAGUACUGAAGGAAUACUGGUAUUGAUCACUCCAGACUCUAACCAUAUUGGAUCCAAUUCAAAAGUCAUAAAGUCGUGGCAGUUUAUUUUAGCCGAAAUUGGAUUUUCAAGAAUUAAAUAUGAGAAAUUAUCACAUUUACAUUGCAUGGCAUUUCGAAAGGCUUUUAGUAAAAAAAUAACUAGAAGAUGGGCGGAGCUACAUAGGAAAAAACAGGUAUAUGACCAAAUAUAUAUACCACAAGAUUUCAGCACCACAUUGAAAUCUGUAACAACAGAAAAGAUAACAAACAAAUCUUCAACAACUAGGGAAAUAUUGAACUUCAUUGAGGAACUUCCCUUUUGUGACUCCAUAAGCUGACUUUAUUCCAGUAUAGAUGUAAUUUAUGAUUAAGCUUCUUCAAUGUAAAAUACAAACCAAAUGGGGAUAACAAAAAUUUAAACUCAUCAGAAUGUGAUUAUGAACUAUUUUCUUACAGGUAGGUGUUCAUGAACCAGACAUAUAUUGCAUAAUCAUGCAAAAUUUGUUACCUAAAAUAUAUAGUUUCGUAAUAUAUUGAUCAGAUUCUAUGAA